AUGAUGAGAAGACAACGAGACCAUGAGUCUAGGGACUUCUACGAUCUAUCGGCUCUUGUUCUGAGUCUCCUCCGUUCUCCUCCUAUGCCUAUUUCUCUACCUGAUCAUUUCCCUGAUUCCGUUCAUCCAAUUAGGCCUCGUUAUUCUUCGUCGAUGCAUAUAUCUCCUUCGGGAUUCGCGUCGAUGCUUCUGGGGAUAUCUUUGGCUCUUAUGCUAUGUGGAUCUGUGACGUUCUUCAUCGGUUUCCUCUUGUUGCCUUGGGUUCUUGCUCUCAUCUUUAUUUUCUACGUCGUUGGGAUCGUCUCAUCCAUUUCCAUGGCUGGGAGGUUGAUACUCUGUUACUUCUUGCCGCCACCUUCCUCCUCCAGUAAGGAGGUUUCUGAUUGGAAGCUUUUGUGA